AUGGAUAUGUACAAAUGUCUGAGCUUACUUUUCUUCACUCUCCCUCCACAAGUUUGUUACCAAGUCAGACCUCGCGCCCAUGCUGAAGAGAGGCUGCUCCAGGAUCUGUUUGUACAUUACAAUAAGCUCUCCCGGCCCGUGGAAAACACCUCAGACACAGUGCUCGUCCACUUCGGACUGUCUAUUGCCCAGCUUAUUGACGUGGAUGAGAAGAACCAGAUGAUGACUACAAAUGUCUGGGUCAAGCAAGAAUGGAACGAUUACAAACUCCGCUGGAACCCGGAGGAAUACGAAAAUGUCACCUCCAUCCGUAUCCCCUCAGAGAUCAUCUGGAGGCCUGACAUUGUCCUCUACAACAAUGCCGACGGCGACUUCGCGGUGACUCACCUUACAAAGGCGCACCUGUUCCACAACGGUCGGAUAAAGUGGAUGCCACCAGCGAUUUAUAAGUCUUCGUGCAGCAUAGAUGUUACCUUUUUCCCUUUUGACCAGCAAAGCUGCAAGAUGAAGUUCGGCUCGUGGACCUAUGACCGUGCCAAGAUCGAUCUGAUAAGCAUGGACAGUGACGUGGACCAGAUGGACUACUGGGAGAGCGGCGAGUGGGUUAUCAUGAACGCAGUGGGCAAGUACAAUACCAAGAAGUACGAGUGCUGCACAGAGAUCUAUGCAGACAUCACUUACUACUUCAUCAUCCGGAGGCUUCCGUUGUUCUACACUAUUAACCUCAUCAUCCCUUGUCUGCUCAUCUCCUGUUUGACUGUGCUGGUGUUUUAUUUGCCGUCACAAUGUGGAGAGAAGAUUACCUUGUGUAUCUCAGUGUUACUGUCCCUAACCGUGUUCCUCCUGCUGAUCACAGAGAUCAUACCGUCUACGUCUCUGGUGAUUCCACUGAUCGGCGAAUACCUACUGUUCACCAUGGUCUUUGUUACGCUCUCUAUCAUAAUUACAGUCUUCGUGUUAAACGUGCAUCACCGCUCGCCACAAACCCAUGGCAUGCCUCACUGGGUGCGGAGGGUAUUCUUGGACUGGGUGCCUCGAGUCCUCUUCAUGAAGCGUCCGCCAGGCACCGCAAAGCAGCACUGCAAGAAGCUUAUCGAGAUGAUGCACCGUCCGACCACGAUAUCGGCAACAGGCAACUCUCAGGCCUUCUGGGCAGGGUUAGAGACAGGACUGAGACAGUUGAGACAGGUAGAGAAUGCACUCCCAAAGACUCCGUCCGACAGUCCAAGCAUCCUUGUUUGCUCACCUUCUCCGCCAUCCUCCCCUCUUGAGGACCACACCCAGGGAGAUCACCAACUAAAGGCCAACAUCUUCUGCCGGCCCACAUCCGGUCAGUAUUCAGUUCUCUCAGACAAACAAACCCUACGAGGACACAACUCCGCGGCCUCGUCUUGUUCCCAGUUGUCCUUGCCCCCGUCUUUGCCACUGGGCCCACUUCGCAGCCUGUCAAGGGACGAGCCAAAUUCGCUGGCCCCGAAUGGCCGCUCCCUCAGUGUAGAGCAAAUGUGUGACCAACAGAAGGAGCUUCCUCAGAGAGCUGAGCAUCGCUGUCGCUCCCGCAGCUUCCAGUACUGCUGUCUGCAUGAUGAAGGGCCCGGGUUCAUCGGGAUCACAGGGCGGGUGAAGAAACAACCCCCUGUAGAUCACCUAGCAGAAACCUUCACAGCAGAGUCCAUGAAAGAUGCGAGUACACAACAGGACACCAUGGUUGCAACCAUUUCCCCAGCUAUGCAACGGGCCAUCGAGGGAGUUCAGUACAUCGCUGAUCAUCUCCGGGCAGAGGAUGCAGACUUUUCAGUGAAGGAGGACUGGAAGUAUGUGGCCAUGGUCAUCGACAGGAUAUUCCUCUGGAUGUUUGUACUGGUGUGUAUACUGGGAUCUGUGGGACUCUUUCUUCCUCCUUGGCUGGCUGGAAUGAUCUAGAAUCAUCGCCAUCAAGGAAAAAGUCAAUAACUCUGA